UGCGGCGGCUCCUUUAAGGCGCAGGCAGCAGCGUAGUCGUUACCAAGGCGACAAGAAAUGACAAAACUCUCCGGCUCGUCUGUUUGCAGCAGCAGAGGGAGUAUCCAAACUCAUAACUAUCACCUUAACAAACAUAUUCCGCGCGGUGCAGGUUAAAGUGAGUGUUUUUUUAAAAGUUACUAAAUGGAGUUAAAGACGAACCUGCUUCUUCUCGACCGACAGUGAUUGACUGAACAGAAAGAAACGCGACGUCUGACCAAAAACACAGGGUCGCACGCCGGUUGCCAGAUAAGCCGCAAAGGCGACCUCGACUAUUCAAAGUGAGUUUCUGUUUCAUGCUGCAGCUCUGAAACUUGCUGCCUAACACCUGCUUCAAGACUACUGGAGGAUCAUUUAAAGUAUGGUGAUGCUUUCUGCGUGAGCAGAAAGUUCAGAAGUGUUGAAGAAAAUGAGCAAAAAAUAUGAGUCAGCAAGCGUGUCUGAGGUGGAGGAACACAUUUCCAUAAAGUAUGAGAUCAAGAAGAGGCUUGGAAAAGGGGCUUAUGGCAUUGUAUGGAAAGCAGUCGACAGACAGACAGGCGAGAUUGUGGCCGUGAAGAAGAUCUUUGAUGCAUUCAGGAACAGGACAGACGCCCAGCGGACAUUCAGGGAAAUCAUGUUCCUCCAGGAGUUUGGAGAUCAUCCCAACAUCGUUAAACUCCUCAAUGUCAUCAGAGCGCAAAAUGAUAAAGACAUUUACCUCAUCUUUGAAUAUAUGGAUACUGAUCUGCAUGCAGUGAUAAAGAAAGGUACCCUACUGAAGGACAUCCACAAACGUUAUGUGAUGUACCAGCUCCUCAAAGCCGUCAAAUACCUGCAUUCAGGAAAUGUUAUCCACAGGGACCAAAAGCCAUCCAACGUGCUGUUGGACACUGACUGUGUAGUCAAGCUGUGUGAUUUCGGCUUGGCCAGAUCACUCAACCAGAUCCAAGAGGACAGCGGGAAUCCAGCAUUGACGGAGUAUGUGGCGACGCGAUGGUAUAGAGCUCCAGAGAUCCUGCUGGGAUCCACAAGGUACACUAAAGGUGUAGACAUGUGGAGUCUUGGCUGUAUCCUUGGAGAGAUGCUUCUGGGAAAAGCCUUGUUUCCAGGGACAUCCACCAUCAACCAAAUAGAGAAAAUCAUGAGUGCCAUACCACACCCCAGCCCAGAAGAUGUUCUCGCUAUCAAGUCUGAAUAUGGAUCCUCUGUCAUUCAGAGAAUGUUACUGAAACCACAGGUGCCUUUAGAGGAUCUUCUCCAGCCGUCUGUGCCUCCAGAUGCUCUGGACCUGUUGAGAGGUUUACUAGUUUUCAACCCAGACAAGCGUCUGACUGCUGAGGAAGCCCUCCAACACCCAUAUGUAGCCAGGUUUCAUAGUCCAGCCAAGGAGCCAGCUCUUAACUAUGAUGUAGUGCUCCCGGUGGACGAUGAUGUACAAUUAUCUGUGGUUCAGUACCGUAACAAACUUUAUGAGAUGAUGCUGGAGAAGAGAACUAAUCAGGGGAUGCUGAGGCUGCCAAAGGAUGAAGACGAUGUCAGCAGCAGUGAGAAACCCACUGUGAAGGAAAAAGCAGAGAAGGGCCCAGUGGCAGUGAAUGGCAAUGUGGACAUUGUCCAUGAGGGGAAAACACAACAUGAAAAGAAUGAUGAGACAAAACCUAAACCUGGGCCUUUGAACGUGUCAGCCCUGUCUGCUGUGGAGAAGACAAAUCCAUUAUCCAGCCCUGGCUUGGGAAAACUCACAUAUAACCCCAUCACACAUGCCCCAAAUUGUUUUGUUCAGAGUCCUACUGGUCCUCAUUACCACCACACCACUGCCACCAGCAGGAGACUAGUGGAACAAACCAGUAAUGGAAAUGCACCCCCAACAGAGGGCACCAACGCUACUGUAUCCAUGGACCAGAUUCUCCAGCGUGGUCGCUCAGCCCCUGUGACCCAUAACCGUUCCUUCUCCUUGACCCUAAAUCAAAUGCAGAACAACCCACUGGUUCGCAAAAAUGAGCCAUCCCUGACCUCUGGACUACAAGUCACAUCUGCACGCCUGAACCAGCGUUCAAAUCCUCAGGUCCGCGAGGCUCGGCAACCGCCACCUCCACGGUUCAGCAAGAAAGUAUUUCAGAGUAACUGUAAUGUGGCAGCUGCAGGCGACCCUCGAGCCAAACUGGGCAGCUAUUCCCAGGCCUAUGGUACCAUCAACAAGACCGACCUGGACAACCUGCUUCGAGGCCGCCCUUGUAACCAGUAACUGCUGUCUUGUCAGUGGUUACAGAGGGAACGCGUGGCAUAUGUGUUUAACCAGAUAACAAAGUUUGACUUGUACUAGGAUGUUAGGCACGUGGCAAAGUGAAUGAGAAACUGUAAAAAAGACUGUUAGGUCAAACACGCCUUGUAUACUUUGUAGAUUGUACACAUUGUCUGUGACAAUGAAUGCAUAUUUAUAAGAAUCCAGUGUGACUUCAUGUUACUUUUAUCAGACUGUACCAGCAAUUCAUAAAAAUAUGUAUGUAUGUAGUUUCAUUCAACACAAGUUGUCACUAACUGGCCCAUGUUAGGUGGGUCAGUAGGUGUGUGGUAAUUUGCUAUGAGAUGGUUGCACCACUUUAGGAUAUUAUCAGCUGCAAUGUUGAGUUGUCUACCUGUUUAUCUGUAGAGAUACUGUGUGUCAACAUUCCUAGACACACUUGUGACACAAAUAAGAAGUCAAUGGGGGUCCGCAAAUACUUUUUUCCCCCUACAGGGUUAUACCAGCCAGCGUUUUUCAUGUUGAUCUAUGUAGCUAAUGACAUCUUAAUAAUGUACAGUAUGUACAAUAAGCCAGUAGGUUUCAGAUGGACACUGUAUGUAUGUAACAUAUGCAGAUGUUUGAAUUUAUUAUAUGCAACAAGGAGUAAUAUUUCAUGUGAACACAGCAGCAAUAACUCUGUUCCUCUAAUGUGUACAGAAAGAAUGAUGCUGAGUGUCUUGAACCCAGUGAAGAAUGUUUAACAGAUGGGUGACUGUGGCAGCAAACCACCAUGAAGUUUAAUAAUAAACAGAGGUGGAAAUACU